AUGGUGGAUACCACACAGGGAGUGAAAUUUGAAGCAGAUACAAAGCUGACUCCCAGCCAGGCUGGAGGUGAUGCGAGGCAUGAAGUUGAGAUGGAUAAGUACGAUCGCUACCCACUUCCGACACCUGAAGAUCUCUUCGCUACGCUGUCGGGAGGUGUGCUGUUCACCAAGCUGGACAUGGCACAUGCUUACCAACAAAUUGAGCUUGAUGAGAGGAGUAAGCAGUAUACUACCAUAAACACUCACAGAGGCUUAUUUGUCUACAGUCGACUCGCAUUUGGAAUUUCAUCGGCCCCAGCGAUUUUCCAGAGGGUGAUUGAGAAUCUGCUGGCAGGAAUCCCUCGCACUGCUGUAUACCUUGAUGACAUUCUCGUGUCUGGCGCUUCUAAGGAAGAACACCAGGCCAAUCUGAAGGAAGUUCUUCGGCGGCUCACUGAGGCUGGCCUGAGAUUAAAGAAGAACAAGUGCUGUUUCGGCAUGACAUCCGUGCAGUACCUGGGUCAUCAAGUCAGCAAGGAUGGUCUGGCUACGCUUGACAACAGGGUCAUCGCCAUUGUGGCCGCACCAAAGCCCAAAGAUGUGACACAAGUCCGGGCUUUCUUAGGUAUGCUGACCUUCUACCUGCGGUUCCUACCACACUUGGCAAGUACUCUUGAGCCACUACAUCGGCUCUUAAAAAAGGGAUAUGUGUUCAGUUGGGGCACCGAUCAAGACCGUGCUUUCAAUGUUGCCAAGGAGCUCCUGCGGAAAGCUCCUGUCUUGACUCAUUAUGAUGUCCAUAAACCCCUGUUGCUGACUUGUGACGCCUCAGCCUAUGGAGUAGGUGCGGUCCUGGCUCACGAGAUUGAUGGUGAUGAGCAUCCUGUCUGCUAUCACUCCAGGACUUUGCAACCAGCUGAAAAGAACUAUGCUCAGGUGGAGAAAGAAGCAUUGGCCAUGAUGAGAUGGGCACUCAUCCUACAAGGCUACGACUACGAGCUCGUCUACAGACCUGGCCCAUCCAUAGCGAAUGCAGAUGCGCUAAGUAGGCUUCCACUACCUCAGACUAUGGAGAUACCGGUACCACCAUCGGUAGUCAACCUGAUGCAGCACCUAGAAGGAUGUCCUGUGACAUGCGCAAUGAUUCAGCAGGACACUAAAUCGGAUUCAGUCAUGGCUCGUGUCGUUCAAUAUGUGCUGCAGGGCUGGCCUGAUAACAACCCGUCAGUGGAACUGAUGCCUUAUUUCCGUCGGAGAACGGAAUUGUCAUGCGAGGACGGGUGUGUGUUGUGGGGUACACGUGUAGUUGUGCCUGACGUCCAUCGUGCGGCACUGAUUGAAGAGCUUCAUGAGGCCCAUCCGGGCGCAUCACGCAUGAAGAGCCUGGCAUGCAACUAUGUGUGGUGGCCUUCUAUAGAUAGUGAUCUGGAAGUGAAAAGCUGCAUAUCAUGUCAGGUGAAUCGAUCUAGGCCAGCAAAGGCACCACUACAUCCAUGGGAGUAUGCUGCGAAUCCGUGGAGCCGCAUACAUGUGGACUUUGCCGGUCCUUUCUUAGGACACAUGUUUCUCGUCAUCGCUGACUCGCAUACUAAGUGGCUGGAAGUCUUCAUGAUGCAGAAAAUAACCAGUCAGAAAACAGUGGAGAAGCUGCGAUUCUGUUUCGCCACGCAUGGUCUACCAGACUGCAUUGUCAGUGAUAACGGGCCUACAUUCACCAGUGAAGAGUUUGCCAUGUUCAUCUCAGCUAAUGGCAUCCGUCAUACAUUCACUGCACCCUACCACCCAUCGUCGAAUGGCCUCGCGGAGAGAGCUGUUCAGUCCUUCAAGGAAGGAAUGAAGCGUAUGCAGACUGAUUCGCUUCAGACUCGACUCACACGUUGGCUCGCGAACUAUCGUCUCACCCCGCAUUCGACCACUGGUCGCUCUCCAGCAGAGCUGCUGCUUCGACGUCGACCCAAGUCUAGGCUAGACUUGGUCCACCCAAGGACAAGCACUAGGGUAAAGGAAAAGCAGAAAACACAGAAGCAGCAACACAACCAACACGUACAAGAUCGCUCAUUCAACCCUGGUGACAGCGUCAUGGCGCGCAACUUUGCGAAUGGACCAACAUGGUUACCGGGUAAUCUGCUGCGGCGUAUCGGUCCAUUAUCAUUCACGGCCCAGCUCCAGGAUGGUCGUAUUGUGCGUCGUCAUCAGGACCACCUACAAUGCACCGGCAACCUGGAUGCACCUGCAGUGCCUGAACAGGUUGAGGACCCAGCUAACCCGGAAUUCCCUGUGCUGCCCGAGGUUACGAGCCGUGAGGUUCCGCGUGAGGAUCCACCACUGCCGGCCCUGAGUGCAGCUGAGGCUCUGGCCGCUGCCCCUGAGGCUGCACCUGGUGGGCCUGUGGCUGGGCAGCCAGCGUCUCCACAUCGAACUGCUCUACCGGAACUCGAGGAGUUUUGCCUGCGAUUUGCACUCAAUCACAUGACUGCCGUCAUCCAAUCAGAGGCGUUCGCUGAACUUGACGAGGCAACGCUAAGACGCUUCAUACAGCGCGCCGCCACGCAAGGAGCCUUCAAAUAA